CUCUCUCUCUCUACAAAAUUUUAUGUUUAUAUAUAUAAAUACUGUGGUGUUCUCUUCUUAGCCCCCAAGUUUUCGCUGCAAAAACCCUAACUGAUUUCUCAUUUCAAUUCCUUUCUUCUCGACUCCUCCUCUCGCAGAUCCAACAUUCUGGGAUUCCCCCGUUUCUUCUCCUCCAGCUCGGACUUGUGGAAGGCGACUCUCUUGAUCAUUUCCGGAAAUUGUUUUGCAAGGAGCAGAAGGAGCUGGGCUGGAAGAAUAUAUUCAGCCAAGGGUUGGGCGUCACUGCUCCCAAGGCAAGAACUCGUGACAAACCCAUGCAGUCUACUGCGUUGAGUCUCUGAGCUUGGAUUGGAUUUCUGAUUUCUUGGGGUCAUAAUAAACGAGCCCAAUGACUAAGGUUUAUAUACAGCGAGGUUCUUCUUCUUCUUCUACAAACCCUAACCGAUCUUCUGCUCCUGCUUCUUCAUCGUUCCGGCCAGAACAACAUGUUUCUACUUCUCAACCGCCAGCUUUGAAAGAUGAGGAACUUGGAGAGAAUUUACAGGAACAGUCUGMUGUUGAUGAGCUUUUCGACACUGCAAACAGCGAGAGCAAGGCAGCGAAAACAGAAGAUGUUUUACAUUUUAUGGAAGGUUCUUGUAAUGAUCAGAUGGAAGUUUUGAGAGAUGAACUUUCUGGAGACAAGGAGAAGGUUGUUAAAGAUGAUAUUGUGGAUCAAGGGGAACAAAGAAUUGUAUCGGAUCACCUUCAAAUUUCUGAGAGGAAUGUAGUUGAAAAUGAGUGCUUUAAGGGGGAUUCCUCACAGACUAUUCGAGGGAAUUCACCACCUCCACCACCCCCAGCCCCACCACUCAAACCUUCUUCAGUGAGCUCAAACACUAGGAGACAUGUCUUAGGAAGUUCAAAUACUGGUAGAAUUGGAUCCUCGAGAAGCAGUGUUGCCUGGCCUGUUGUUUCAACUAGGACCUCCCUCACUGGGUCACGGCCUUCAUCUCCAAGAUCACAUGUUGAUAGCGAGGGUUACAACAGUGCUGAUGAGCAGAACUCUUGUUUUGUGUCCUAUAAUGAUCUGGAAAGAGAGAGGCAAUUUGAGAUUGAAAUUAGGCGGGUAAAGGGUUUAGAAGUUAAAAGAAUGCUGGAGGAUGGGAAUUGCCUAUUUCGUGCUGUUGCAGAUCAAGUAUAUGGGGAUUCUGAAGCGUAUGAUUUGAUUCGACAGAUGUGCAUAGACUACAUGGAGCGUGAGAGGGACCACUUCUCUCAGUUCAUAACUGAAGGGUUUACAUCUUAUUGCAAGAGGAAAAGAAGAGAUAAGGUGUAUGGAAAUAAUGCUGAAAUCCAAGCGCUUUGUGAGAUGUACAAUCGACCAAUCCAUAUUUUUUCCUAUGGCACAGAACCUAUUAACAUCUUUCAUGGAAACUAUGAUACUGACCUGCCACCCAUUCGAUUGAGUUAUCAUCAUGGAAAUCAUUACAACUCUCUUGUUGAUCCACGACGCUUAACAAUUGGUGCAGGGCUUGGCUUCAGUAGUCUUCGAGGGGCUAAUGUUGACAAGGAUAAAGUGAAGGCGGCUUUGAAAGCACAGCAAGAUCAACAGAUUGAUAAUGCUCUUCUUGCUGAGGGACGGUAUUAUUCAGAUCUUGAGCUUACUGAAAGGCAGAUUGAGCAGAUGGUGAUGGAAGCUUCGAGAGCUGAAUAUCUUGCUAAAAACUCAUCAAAGCAGCAAUUGAACCGUAGAGACAACUCAACCUCUGGUGCAGAACCAUCUUCUUCAGGCGCUAGGUCUUCAGGAAGUGAGGCCAACUCCAAGAUGGAAGGUAGGAGAGAAACUGGGUUGCAGGAGUCGGUGCUAAGCAAUAGUAUGCGGACGGUGCUUUCGAUGGGAUUCGGUUAUGUUCAGGUGAUUGAAGCUUAUAGCAUAUUUGGAGACGAUGUGGAUUCAAUGGUUUGCUAUUUGUUGGAAACUGGAGACAGCAGCAGACGCAAAGGUAAAGCCACAGAAUGAUAUGGAUGAGAAAAAGGUUUUAGAGGAGGCACAGGCACAGGACAGUGAAAGAAAAGGGUUGGUCAGUCUCUCUAUUCCAAUAUUUGUUUCACUUUGAAUGAAUGAAAGAUAAGAUGAUAUUAAGAAAGAGAGAGAGUGAGAGAGGCAUGUGGUGGGAUGGGACGAACUUUGAAUCCUGUUCUGGUAUUAUAAUAAAUCCAAACUCUACCUUUUAUCUCUA